ACUCACAGCUUCAUUUCAAACUCCUUGUUCAUCUCUUCAAUAAACUUCAAGUUAUAUACUUUCUCAUAUCUUCACCUACUCUGUUUUAAUGCUUAUAUUUAUUUGAUAAAUACAAAAUAAACAUAUUUACACAAGGGUUCUGCACUUCUGCUGUGCCUGUACUGUAAAUUAAUGAGCCUUCUCUAUCAACUCAUUGGUACUUCUUAGUACUUGUCAUAUCAAUAAAUUCUGUUCUCGCCGUCUUUUUUUCUGGUAAUAAUCGUUUACUCAUUAAUAAGCUUCCACCAUUGUUUUCGUCGAAGUUAGUAGAAUUCUCUAUUUGCGAAGUUAAGGCUUUGUUGGCUGAGCUAAAAUGGCACCGAACAAGAAUGGCAGAGGCAAGACAAAAGGAGACAAGAAGAAGAAAGAAGAGAAGGUUCUUCCUGUUGUAAUUGACAUCACUGUCAAUCUUCCUGAUGAGCUUCAAGUGGUUUUAAAGGGGAUAUCAACGGACAGGAUUAUAGACAUUCGCCGACUAUUAUCUGUGAACACGUUAACUUGCAACAUCACCAAUUUCUCCUUAUCUCAUGAGAUAAGAGGGCCACGGUUGAAAGAUACCGUGGACGUUGCCGCACUGAAGCCCUGCAUACUCACUCUAACCGAAGAGGACUAUGAUGAGCGGAGUGCAACGGCGCAUGUUAGAAGGUUGUUAGACAUAGUUGCUUGCACAACCAGCUUUGGCCCGUCGGUGAAAAAAGAAGAUCCCGGCGAGACUACUCCGGCGGCGCAGGAUAGCAAGGUCUCGAAAAAGUCGCAACGGAAACGAACGUCUCCGCCGCCGAAGAAAGACUCAUCAGUGCCACCUCCACCACCUCCGGCAUCGAAAGACGUGCCGGUAGAUGGUGAUGGAGAGUUAGGCAACUCGUCUCCGAAGCUCGGUAGCUUUUAUGAGUUUUUCUCGCUUUCUCAUCUCACUCCUCCACUCCAAUUUAUAAGGAAGGUAGAGAGACAACAAAAUGAUGACAUUUUUGUUGAUCAUCUUUUCUCUCUUGAAGUGAAAGUUUGCAAUGGGAAGCUGAUCAAUGUUGAAGUUUGUCGAAAAGGAUUUUACAUUGUUGGAAAGCACCGAAUCUUAUGCCACAACCUUGUUGAUCUUUUACGACAACUUAAUCGAGCUUUUGAUAAAGCAUAUGAUGAUCUUAUAAAAGCAUUUUCGGAACGCAAUAAGUUUGGGAAUCUGCCCUAUGGCUUCAGAGCCAAUACAUGGCUCAUCCCUCCUGUUGCUUCACAUUUACCAUCAGUUUUUCCUCCUCUUCCCAUGGAGGAUGAAACAUGGGGAGGAGAUGGGGGUGGUUUCCGAAGAGAUGACAAAAGUGAUUUGCUACCUUGGGCUAAUGAAUUUUUGUUUGUGGCAUCCAUGCCUUGCAAGACAGCUGAGGAGAGGCAGAUUCGAGACAGAAAAGCUUUUAUUCUACACAGCCUAUUUGUCGAUGUUGCCAUCUUUCGAGGCAUUUCUUCCGUGCAACAUAUAAUGGAAAAAACAAGUUUAAAUGGUUCAGAUGUAAAAGAUGAAACUUAUACAGAGAGAGUUGGGGACUUGAGUAUAACUGUCAUGAGAGAUGCUCUCAAUGCUAGCUGCAAGUUGGAUACUAAAAUUGAUGGAACUCACACAACCGGAGUAGAACAGAACAAAUUGGAUGAAAGAAACCUUCUGAAAGGGAUCACUGCUGAUGAAAAUACAGCUGCUCAUGAUAUAUCCACUUUGGGGGUUGUGAAUGUAAGAUAUUGUGGUUACAUUGCUGUUGUGAAAGUUGUGGUGAGUGCCAACACCAAAUUAGGUCCUCCAUCAGAAAAUCCUGAGCUUCAUGAUCAACCUGAUGGUGGUGCCUGUGCCCUCAAUAUCAACAGUUUGAGAAAGCUUCUUCAUAAAAAAUCAGUUCCUGAAGAUAACAAAACUUUACUAGAUUUACAGAAUUUGAAUCAUGUUGAACUAAGUUCUGACCGGGAAUUCGUAAAAGAUCUUUUAAAGGAGAGCCUCAGUAAGCUUGAUGAAGAGGAACAGAAAGGGCAUACAUUCACUAGAUGGGAACUUGGAGCUUGCUGGAUACAACAUUUGCAAGAUCAGAAAAAAUCGGACAAAGAAAAGAAGCUGUCUUCUGAGAAAACCAAAAACGAGGUGAAGGUUGAGGGGCUUGGUACAUCGCUCCGAUCCCUAAAAUACAAAAAGAACAUUGUUGGUAGUAAAGAUAACCUGCAGCCUGACAACUUGAGUAUGACCGCAAGUGAUGUCAAUGGAGAAGUAGACAAUGUGGUUCUUCCUUCUCCGGCGUCGCAACAGGAGGUGAAUGCCAAUGAAAAUGAGGUAGAAUUGCGGAGAUUGAUAACUGAUGAUGCCUUUACUAGACUAAAAGAGUCAGAAACUGGACUACACUGCAAGUCUUUGCAAGAGCUGAUUAAUUUGUCUCGAAAAUAUUAUGACGAGGUUGCACUUCCGAAACUGGUUGCCGAUUUUGGUUCGUUGGAACUCUCCCCAGUUGAUGGAAGGACUCUUACUGAUUUCAUGCACACACGAGGUCUUCGGAUGCGUUCUCUAGGACAAGUGGUCAAGCUAUCAGAAAAGUUAUCACACGUGCAGUCUCUGUGUAUUCAUGAGAUGAUUGUACGGGCAUUUAAGCAUGUUCUCCAGGCUGUGAUUGCCACUACUGUUAAUACACAUGAUAUGGCUGGGGUGAUUUCUGCUGCAUUGAACUUGAUGCUUGGAGUAUCCGAGGGUGAUCAAUCUGGUCAACUUUGCGGGGUUGAUCCACUAAUCUGGAGAUGGCUAGAGGUAUUUUUAAAGAAACGUUAUGAAUGGGAUCUUAGCAUCAUGAAUUACAAAGAUGUAAGGAAAUUUGCAAUUCUUCGUGGGCUAUGCCAUAAGGUGGGUAUUGAACUAGUUCCAAGGGAUUAUGAUAUGGAUUCUCCUCAACCUUUCCGUAAAAUAGACAUUGUUAGCCUAGUACCGGUUCAUAAGCAAGCAGCAUGUUCUUCUGCUGAUGGUCGACAACUCCUGGAAUCAUCAAAAACAGCUCUAGAUAAGGGAAAGCUUGAAGAUGCAGUCAGCUACGGGACAAAGGCUCUUGCGAAGCUGGUUGCAGUUUGUGGUCCCUACCACAGGAUGACUGCAGGAGCUUACAGUCUUCUUGCUGUAGUUUUGUAUCAUACAGGAGACUUUAAUCAGGCUACAAUCUAUCAGCAAAAGGCAUUGGAUAUCAAUGAAAGAGAAUUAGGACUAGAUCAUCCAGAUACGAUGAAGAGUUAUGGAGACCUUGCUGUUUUUUAUUACAGACUCCAGCAUACGGAACUUGCUCUCAAGUAUGUGAAGCGUGCACUGUAUCUGUUACAUCUCACGUGUGGCCCAUCUCAUCCAAACACUGCUGCAACAUACAUCAAUGUAGCUAUGAUGGAGGAGGGCCUUGGAAAUGUACAUGUUGCCCUUAGAUAUCUCCAUAAAGCACUGAAGUGUAACCAACGAUUACUUGGUCCAGACCAUAUACAGACAGCAGCAAGUUACCAUGCUAUAGCAAUUGCACUAUCCUUGAUGGAAGCUUAUCCUUUGAGUGUUCAACAUGAACAAACAACCUUGCAAAUACUCAGAGCAAAGCUGGGCCCAGAUGACCUGCGCACACAGGAUGCUGCCGCUUGGCUGGAGUACUUUGAGUCAAAGGCUUUUGAACAGCAAGAAGCAGCGCGAAAUGGGACCCGAAGACCUGAUGCAUCUAUUGCCAGCAAAGGUCACUUGAGUGUAUCAGAUUUGCUUGACUACAUCAGCCCAAGCAAUGAUGGAAAAGGAAAGGAUGCUGCACUGCUAAAGAGGAAAAGCUAUAUAACAAAGCUGAAAGAAAAAUCGUAUGAGAACUUUGGCUUAGCAAGUUCAGAGGGAUCUCCUAAAGAGGUUCUUCAAGAGCCAUUGGAUGAAAAUGAACAAAUUCCUGAACCUAAAGAUGAUACGAAUGUAAAAGUUGAAUUUACAGAUCCACCUGUAGAGCUUAAACAACCACUUGAGGAAAAAGCUCCUGAGGAAGAGCCUAUUCAGUUGCAGCCUUUUUUGGAGGAAAAUGCUACCAAAAAAGAUGUUAUUGCUCAUGAUGUCCCGCUUGAAUCACAUGGUGAAGGAGAAGAUGGGUGGCAACCGGUUCAAAGACCAAGGUCAGGUCGCUCGUAUGGGAGAAGACUAAGACAGCGGAGAGCAGCUAUGAACAAGGUCUACACUUACCAGAAGAAAGAUGUGCUUUCUGAACAAGACUAUUCAAGGACGAGGGGUGCCAAUCAAAAUAGUAAGUAUCAAAUGCUAAAGAAACAAUUGUUGUCUCCAGGAACUUAUGUUGAGUAUCACUCAGCAAAGAGUCCCUACCAGGGUACAAGAUAUGGUCGUAGAAUUGUGAAAGCUGUGGCAUACAGAGUGAAGUCUGUUUCUUCUGCCAAGGAUUCUACUACAGAGAAAUCUAAAAUUGGUAGGGAAGAAGAUGCCAGACCUGUUUCGGCAGAGAAAGAAGUUGUACCAGUAUCAAUGAAAAGUUCAAUAGUGAGCCUUGGCAAGUCACCUUCUUACAAGGAAGUAGCACUAGCACCACCUGGUACUAUAUCAAUGCUGCAGAUCCGGGUGUCUCAGGAUGACUUUCCUGACAAAAAUGAACUCAUUGUGGGAGAUGAAGAAACCAGUAAAGCAGAAGAUAAGGCAUGUGACAUCGUUGAUUCCACUGAUCACUCUAAAGUUGAGACUAUAACUGUCGCCGAACCAGAAGAAACAUGUUCAACUGUUCGGAAUGAGCAUGAACAACCGGAGGUAGUUCCUUCUACUGUGGAAAUGGCUCAUUCGAGCACUACUGAAAAUAAUCAAGUAGAAAAAGAGAGCACUGAGCAGGAUCCAUCUAGCAGUGUAGAAGGUAAAGAUCAUUCAUACUCCUCUUUGAAAGGAAUGGAGGAUUCAGAUAAAAACCCUUCUGUUCCAUGCUUUAUUGAUACUCGAGAAGUCCCCAACAAGAAGCUGUCAGCAUUGGCAGCUCCAUAUAAUCCUUCGCCGACUACUACACGUGUAGCUCCUUUGCCUCUGAAUGUUGUUCUUCCUCCUGGUCCUGGUGCUGUUCCAUCUGUUGCUCCAUGGCCAAUGAACAUGCCUCUUCAUCCAGGGCCAACUGCUACUCCAUUGUGUCCAACCCCUCACCACCCAUACCCAUCACCUCCGCCAACCCCAAACAUGAUACACUCUUUGCGAUUUGUGUACCCUUCUCCUUAUACUCAUUCACAACCAUUACCAACCAGUAGUUUUCCUGUAACUAGCAGCCCCUUUCAUCCCAAUCAUUUUGCAUGGCAACGCAGCACGAGCCCUAAUACACCAGAAUACAUACAAGGCCCAGUUUGGCCUGGCUGCCAGCCAGUGGAGUUCUCUGUUCCAGCACCUGUUGUAGAGCCAAUUGCUGAAUCCUUUUUGCCUCCGAAGGAAGAAUCCAAUAACGUUAAUAGCUCUAGUGGUUUGAAUUUGUCUGUUAAUGUUGAUGUUACUAACCACACUAAGUCCGUCGAAACUUUCCAAGCAUUGGAUGUUGGUGAGAACCUAAAUGCCGGGGUAGAACCAAAAACUAUGCAAGAAGACCUCAAACCAGAUUUGCAAUUGCAUGGUGUUCAAUGUGCCGAGAACUCAAUAGAUGACAGUAAUAGUCCCAAUAAAAAUGCUGGAAGCGGUGGGGAUAAUCACACAUCAAGUAACCCUCGGCGAUUUGACAAUGAAAAAACCUUCAACAUUUUGAUAAGGGGAAGAAAAAACCGCAAACAAACUCUGAGAAUGCCAAUAAGUUUACUUAGUCGGCCCCAUAAUUCCAAGUCUUUUAAGGUCAUAUAUAGCAGAGUAAUCAGAGAGAGUGAAGCUCCCAAGUCUACCAGCUUUUCUUCAGAUGAUAUAAGUACUCCUGGUACCAUGUAAGGGUUUAUUAAUAUAUUAAAAGUAUGCAGGAUGAUUACAAGGUAGAGAGAAAUCCGCUGCUAUACACAAAAGAAACUGGAUUUUGUGGAAGGGAGCUCCAUCAAAUCUGACCCUUCUCUAGUAUUAUUUUAAGGCCUACUACAGGAAGUUUUGCUCUUCGGAUUUUGAGAGUUGUCUUUUCGGCAAAUAUACAGUUCAGUUAGACACUUCUAUUUUUUUUCUGCUUCACAACAUAGAAGGCUUUUUUUAUUCACAGCAAUAGAAGACUGACGUGUAGUUUUUAAUAUCUUAUAGCAUAGACCUGAAAGUUCAAUUUGAUUUAGUUGUAUAUUCGACAUUCCAAAAUUCUUUUUAAUGGCUCUAAUGUAGAAUUUAUGUAGUUUAAAUGAAUAAAAAUCAGAUUCUGCGGAUUUUUUUA